AGUCGGACCGGACCGGAAGCAUUUGUGCAUCUAUGAUCUAUCUAGGAGAGCUAGGAUGGUCCCGUAACGGACCGCAAUACCCACCAUCCAGAUAACAGUACUAGUCAUAUUGAACAGUCCUCUUCACAUCAGCUCUUCUUCACUGAAAAUUACGCGACUGAAAUACCAAGUGUGCAACAUCUAGUGUGGACCAAUCCGUAGACUGCACAAUCCAGCACCAGAGAACAGGUCCAUCAUACUGAGUGAAGGACCGUGUAAACGAGGUCUUUAAAGGGACAGCACCGAGGUCGUACGGAGACAGGGGCUCUAUCAUGGGUCUCUUGGCGUACCUCAAGUCCCUCUUCAUACUGCAGCUGCUCGUCGGCUUCGUCUUCGUCGUCAGUGGCCUCAUCAUCAACUUCAUCCAGCUGUGCACCUGCGUCAUCUGGCCCUUCAACAAGCAGCUCUACCGCAGAAUCAACUGCAGGCUGUCCUACUCCCUAUGGAGCCAGCUGGUGAUGCUGUUAGAAUGGUGGUCGUGUACAGACUGCACGCUCUACACUGACCAGGCCACAGUGGACAAGUUCGGCACGGAGCACGUCAUCAUCAUCCUCAACCACAACUAUGAGAUCGACUUCCUCUGCGGCUGGACCAUGUGUGAGCGCUACGGCGUCCUGGGGAGCUCCAAAGUCCUGGCGAAACAUGAGUUGCUGAAGGUUCCUCUGAUUGGCUGGACCUGGUAUUUCCUGGAGAUUGUUUUCUGUAAGAGGAAGUGGGAAGAGGACAGAGAAACCGUCUUCAAGGGGCUGGAGAGGCUCAAAGAUUACCCAGAGUACAUGUGGUUCCUGCUGUACUGUGAAGGCACGCGGUUCACAGAGAAGAAGCACCAGAUCAGCAUGCAGGUCGCAGAGAGCAAAGGCCUCCCCAAACUCAAAUACCACCUACUGCCCCGAACCAAGGGCUUCACCACCACUCUGCAGUGCCUGAAGGGAACGGUAACGGCAGUGUAUGACGUGACGCUGAAUUUUAAAGAUAAGAAGAUCCCCACACUGCUGGGGAUUGUCAGUGGGAAGAAGUACAAGGCGGACAUGAGUGUCAGGAGGUUCUCUGUAGCGGAUAUUCCAGAUGAUGAGAAGGAGUGUGCUGCCUGGCUUCACAAGCUCUAUCAGGAAAAAGAUGCUCUGCAGGAGCACUAUGAGAAGGAGGGCUGUUACCCUGGGCCCACUAUCAUCCCUCCACGCCGGCCGUGGACGCUGCUCAACUUCCUGUUCUGGGCCACCCUGCUGCUCUCCCCCCUCGUCAGCUUCGCCUGGGGGGUCUUCAUCAGCGGCUCCCCCCUCCUGAUCAUCGGCUUCCUCCUCUUCGCCAUCGGAGCGUCCGUGGCGGUGCGCCGUCUGAUCGGUGUUACGGAGGUGAAGAAGACAGGCUCCAGCUACGGCGACCCCGAGACCAAGAAGCAGAAAUAGACGCCUCGCGGCGCUACCGUGCACCGCGGUCGCCGUACGGUAACCGUACAGUAACCGUACAGUCACCACGUCCGGUCACGGCCCUGUUUUUAUUCUUAGAACACAAGGAAGCACGCUGACAUGGGGAGCUAACAAUAAUAUUUAAUGACCAGAUUAAUAAUUAAUUACAGUGAUUGCGUCUGACUUCAUAAUUGGAAAAAAAAGAAAAAAACAACAACUAAUGAAUGAGAAAAAUAAAACAAAAGGGACUGUGAAUCGUUUCUCCAUCAUGACGUCCAAACGGGAGGCUGCUCCUGGACCUACCGACCAACCGACCUACGCUGGGGGGGGGGGGUGACUGGCGUUCCCUUCGCCCCCAAGCUCAGGGUUUCCUGCGGUCCCUGGACACCGACGCACAGUCCCCCCCCCCUUGAAUUUCAGCACUGCACUUCCUGUUCAUGUCCCGUUCCCAGGCCCAGCCCAGUGAGAAACCCCGCUGUAUCUCUCUCCUCUCUAGAGCGGACCCAACUCCAACUCUAUCCCCCCUUUCUCUCUUUCUCUCUUGGGGAGUGUCUACAUGAGGUAUAGGAGGGUGUGGAGGUUUUUUAGGCACUGAAUGAAACCAGUAUCCAGGCCCCAAUCUGGUUUACUUUAGUUCUUUGAACCCCAGUAGACCCAGUGUAAUAAGACCCACUACUCUACAUGCUAAUCUUGCCCCGCUAAACAGUUCCAGCGCUACACAGCUCCACGCUCAUCAAUAUUCAUGAGCUGGCAGGCUCGCAAUGCAUUGGGACAGAGUGAUUUCCAGUUAUAGUGAGUCUAAACACACAAUGAUUUGGCUCACAGCUGAAAACAGAGUGGAGGAGUUGCUGCUGCGCUGUUAUCCCACUGUACCUGCCUCUGCUAGACUUCUUUAAGGGGAAAUGCACACACACAGAUUGAAGUUUAAAUGUAGAGUGUCAGUUACAUCUGUUACAAGUGAAGGGUCUCUGCUAAGGAUCUGCUGGUGCUGUGUAUCUUUAUUGCACAGUUCUCGCAACUUCACUUCCUGUGUCCCGUUCUGCGCGUACGUUACUGUAUUGUUCUUAUUUUUAAUUUUAUUUUGUAUUUUGUUUGUUUUUUUGUGGUGAGGGCGAAUGAGUGUGUCUGUAAUUGGAUGUCCAGUAAGGGAAGAAAACAGCUGUGAGCCCACCCUCAGUACUACGGCCCUGUCAAUCACGUGGCUGUCUGCUGCUUUCAGUUGAUUUAUUCAGUGGCAGACUGAUGAGUCAUUUUAUCCCCCCCCCCCCCGCCAGCAUGUCAGGUGGCGGCCGCAGUUUUGACCGCAGUGUGACCCCUCUGCUCAUCUCUGUCCUGCCUGCCGUGGCACAGACACGCAGAGGCCUGCACGCGGACACUCAGUCAGAUCAGCACAGACACGCAGAGGCCUGCACACGGACACUUUAAGGCAGAUCAGCUCAAACCCUGAAGCUCAGGCUGGCCAAUUCCAUUAAUGCAAAGUACAAACGUGUGCUAAACCAAUUUUUCCCCUGCCCAUUGCACAGAGCAAGGCCCAUCCCAAUCCCCUCUAUUUGCCCCAUGAAAUACGUGCUGUUGAGGAAGGCUGAGUGUGCUCUGUGCUGUUGGAGAGCGUCCAGAGGGAACAGAGGUCACGGUGGAGCAGCGUGGUUAUUGUCCAUGUGACUGUCCACUCGGCCAAGAAAGCAAGGCAAGAGAGAGGAAAUCCGCUCCUCUCUUAUGUGCAUGAGGCCGCCACGGCCUGCCGCGUCUGCCGGGGGGGCGGGGUUGGGGUUGGGGGGUUCAUUAACGUGUGGCACACACUUGUUUGUUCUCCUGGGUCAGAUGUACAUAUACAGUUAGUGUGCUGAGGAGUAGAUACAUUUUAAUGCAUGGCUUAUGCACUACUUGCCACAGUUAAUGUUUUGCUGACUGGAGGCACAUCACAUGACAAACUGCUGAUUUCUCUGCCAUGGGUAGAGGGGGUGGGGCGAUGGGAUGAUUGCCCCUCCCUCUACCUGUGUGUUUUUUUUGCUGCAAGCGUAGAAGACAGUGCCACCUAGCUGCAGGCACUGGGAGCCCACUCCUGCUUUCUCUUGUUUUUAAUCAUUUUUACUCUCAUUGAAUUAAUAUGAAUUUCAAUUCCCCAACAGCUGAGAUGUGACUGGCGCUGUUUUUCUGGCCUUCUCAGUGUUAAGAACACCUGCAGUGUGCAGAAAUUUAUCACGUAUAGAAAACUCUGCAUCAGGAGGCAGAGUACUGUGUCAAGUCCUACAUACCCCCUGCCCCAGUGCAUGCUGGGUAUGACACUCCACCCUCCUAAUCCGAUGCCACGCUACACUCUAGGGGGGGUGUGCCUCUUGGCUUGUGUUCUGUUUUCUGAUUGUGUGCAUCACCAGUCACGGGGAGGCUGGUAGAUAAUGGACUAAUUUGGGCCACCCCUUGAUAAAUAAAAAGCUGCUGCAGAAUGAACUGCAAGCAGAGCAGUUCAUGUGCGAUUUACACCCCUUCUCCCUUAUCUCCCACCAACAACAAUUUUAUGACUGAGCAGUAUGUGAAUGAUGUUUGUUUUAAUCAAAAUCCAGAUGUGAAAUUGGGUUCUCCCCUCUCUCUGUGUGCUGUGAAUUCUCAUGUGAUUCUCUUGUAAUGUUUCAUAAUGUUUAAUUGUGUUCUCACCAUAGCAGCAGUAAGAGAAUGUUGUAUGCUUGUUAGGGUGUGUGAAACAGGUGUCAAACUGUCACUCACGGAUACUGUUGGGCAUUAUUGUUGUAUGUUGGGACAAUGGCAUUCAUGUUAUCCUGAUAUGAUUAGGCACUGACUUUUGUUUUUGUUUGAAGUAUAAAUGUUUUUCAGGGGGUUGCAAGCCUGAAGGAGGAGUGCAGUUUUGGUGUUUUGUUAGCGAACGUGUGAACACUUCAUUAGUGGUUGGCAUGUGAGCAGGAAUUAACAUAAUGUGCUGGGAACAAAGGCUUGCAUCCUUCUGUUUACAAAGAAGUACUACAGAGAGGGAGUCCACUCACUCAUUUUUUAAAAACGUUGCUAUGUGAAGAAUGAAGUUUAAAGGUUAAUGGAAACUGUGGAAGAGUGGAGUGUCUUGAGUCAAUCCCUAGACUUAAGUGACUCCCAGCACCUGCUGCAUCUCGUGGCUGCUCUGAUCCAUUUUAUGCAUUUCAAUUACCACUAGAUUACAGAUUACCAAAUUCAGAGAUGCAGUAUUUUGUUAGAACAAAAAGGAUUUAAUUUUGGCUGAUAUUUUGUACAUUUCCCAUCAAGAACUUCAGCAGUCCACCACUCAAACUCCCUCAGGUGUCUGUACAGUCUUUAGUUAACAAAGUUACAGAACCAAGGCAGAGUAAAAGCAAAAGAAUAGAGCUUGCAUAACUUUAAUCUUUCUUACACUGGAAGUUUUUAUUGAAAGUUCACAAUUAUGUAGAUUUUUUGUUCAUAUUUUCUUUUUGAAUUAAAAAAUAAAUAAAUGAAAGCUUUAUUGAAAUUAA